UGCAUUAAUGAAGUAACAAAGCAAACCACACCUUCCCUGUCUAAGCUCCUCUGUUUUUAUCACAUCAUAAAGCCCUAUAAUGGCAGUUCUUGCUCUUCUCCUUUUCAUCCUUCAGCUGCACCUGCAUGGAACUACCGCUGAUUAUGGAGGGUGGGAAAGCGCUCACGCCACUUUCUACGGCGGCGGCGACGCCUCAGGCACAAUGGGAGGAGCAUGUGGAUAUGGGAACUUGUACAGCCAGGGGUAUGGAACUAACACUGCAGCUCUAAGCACAGCCUUGUUCAACAAUGGCCUUAGCUGUGGUUCUUGCUAUGAAAUGCGAUGCGACAAUGACCCCAGAUGGUGCCGGUCCGGCACUAUCAUCGUCACCGCUACAAACUUUUGCCCGCCCAAUUUCGCACAGGCCAAUGACAAUGGAGGAUGGUGCAAUCCUCCACUCCAACAUUUUGAUUUGGCAGAGCCUGCUUUCUUGCAAAUUGCAGAAUACCGCGCUGGAAUAGUGCCCGUGGCCUUCAGAAGAGUGCCCUGUAUGAAGAAGGGAGGAAUAAGAUUCACCAUCAAUGGCCACUCUUACUUCAACCUGGUCUUGAUCACCAACGUGGGCGGUGCAGGGGAUAUCCAUGCGGUAUCAAUCAAGGGGUCUAAAACAGGAUGGCAGGCAAUGUCAAGGAACUGGGGACAAAACUGGCAGAGCAAUUCGUAUCUCAACGGCCAAAGCCUAUCCUUCCAAGUCACCGCCAGUGACGGUAGGACUGUGACAAGCUACAACGUGGCGUCUGCCGGUUGGCAGUUCGGUCAAACCUUCGAAGGGGUUCAAUUUUAGAGUUUCAUCUAUCAUUUGGAGGUAGAUUAGUGAAAAGUAUGUAUAUUUUAGCUGCCCCAUGCUUUUUUACUUUUUACAAUGGUAAUUUGGUAAGGGCCAGAGUGUGUACUAUGUAGUGGAGGUAUGAGAAAGUGGCUCUCUGAUGCUGAGGUGGCUAAAAUAGCACCCGCUGGGCCUUUCACAUAGUUAUUUUUGAGAAUUAUCUCAUUCAGGGUAUACCCAUUUCCCAAUUGUGCCAUUUGUGGUAUUCAAAUUUAAAGAGUAAUUAUAAGAA